AUCCAUCCCAUCGCAUCGCAUCGCAUCGCAUCGCGUCGCAUCGCAUCGGUACGAUACAUACGCACACCACACACACACUGCGCCGCAUUCGGCCAUUCAUUUGGCGGUUGGUGGGUAGCUGGCCCUUACAGCCUUCCCUCGCACGCAGCCAGGCGCACAGGGAGGGAAGGGGAGGCCACACCGCACCACACAAUUGCCUUCCUUUGAACACGGCCGAUCGAUUGGUCGAUCGAUGGACAUUCAGAGGUCGUUGUCACUGCAGCGUGGCUUGCCAGCGGUUGCUGCGGGAUGGUACGUGCAGAAGUGCUGGUCCACCGAGGAAUACAGCUGGCAAUCGCCGCUUGGCAGAUGGUUGAACCACACGCAGCCAUGCGUUGACUUGCAGCUGACACAAACAGCCAGACAGACAGACAAGACACAAUGGUGCGGGGUUCCGUUGUGUGUAGUUGGAUGCUUACAUGUUCUGGCAUUGGUCUGCGCUGUCCACUUGCCGUCUGCUGUGCAUCUGGCGUCCGGGGCACUUUUUGUUGAGCACAUGGCAGCUGCGCCGGCACAUGACGAAGGAGCUGCACUGCACAAACGACGUGCUACACACGGUGAAGUACUCGGGGGCAUCAUACAACAUACACUGCAGCCACACACACACAGCAUCACAGACACACAAAGCCAAAGACUCGUAGGGUCACUCUGUCUUUCCCCCUCCCUCCCUCCCAGGUUCACCUGAGGGGGCUGUGCGUCGCCAUAAGGUGGGUCAUAGACUCUCAGCUCGAAGGCCUUGCACCGCUGGUCGUCGUGGCAUGCAGCCUGGCACUGGUAGUACCCCUGGCUGCCGUACUCGCCGGCCCCCGACACCUGGAACUCCACCAGCGUCGUGUCGGCCACCAGGCCGAAGUCAAGCACCGACCAGAUGCCCCUCGCGGCCUCGCGGGCACCGGGGAAAGACGGAGAGCAGAACUUGUUCACGGGGAAGGGGGGAGCUGGCACACAACACAAGAUAUGCCAGACAGAGAAUCAGACAGAAGGACAGACAGACAGACCGACAGACAGAUGCAAUCUACACGCACACCCAGCCAGACGUACCAGUGUUUUGUCUGGUGCAUUGGCUUGGUUUAGGUCCCGACACCUUGUCCUUGCAGCAGCCCCUCUCCCCCUGACGCCGCGCGCCCCUCGGUGCGUCCUUUCCCUUGAGCGAGCACCCCCACUCAGGCCCAUAGCUCCAGUGGAAACAGCCGCUGGUGCUUUCGCACUCCUUGGAGCAUGCCUCCGCUGACUGGAUGUGAGGCAGGUCGUGGAAGCCGUUCUUGCGGGGGAGAUCGUGACCGAGAUAGUCAAUGCCCCACCGCCAACACGCAGCUGCACAUAGACAGACAGGCAGACAGACAGGCAGACAGACAGGCAGACAGACAGAUGCCGACAAUGGCACACGUGUGUCUGUCUGUUGAGGGUGUGUGCUGAUUAUGUGCUCACCCCCUUGAGCGCAGUUGUAGCUGUCGUGUGUGCCUGACACCAUGGCGGCCUUCCUGAGGGGGUAGUCCCUCAGCUGCAGGUCCCAGCCCAUCAGCACACAGCCAGUCUCGGGACUCCACGCCCACCGGGAGGCGCCGGGCGUCUCACGGGCAGCCAUGCUGAUCAAUACGACAGGCAGAUGCAGCCACACACCCGUUCGUCCACUCUACGCGUGUCUGUGUGUGUGUGUGUGUAUGAUUACCUGCAUAGGCUUGGACUGGUGGCCUGUUUUGCCAGAGGGGCGUGCAGCUCGUCUCCCUCGAACUGCCGCACUCCCCACUCCCAGCAGCUGGACAGCUGCAGACGCCGACUCUUGUGGCCAAUAUCUGCCUGCCUUCGCAGCACCACCUGGGCAUCAGCAGCAGCCACCAACAGCACCAGGGCCGCCAGAAAGGUCAGCAUCAGCAGACAAGUGAUUGUGGAGGGACAGAUAGGGGCUGGACGGAAAGGGGUGAGAUCAGGUCAGUCAAGGCUCUGCUAUACAAACAGUACACUACAGUCACAGAUAUUCAAACAGAUCUAGG